AUGGCACCCGGCCUGCUUUACGUAACAAUGCAGCCGGGAGACAACCUCUCCCCAGCCCAAUUCCACGACUGGUAUAACAAUGAGCACGGUCCUACCCGCCUCCGCCUCCCGUUUAUCGAGAAUGGCUUCCGCUUCCGUGCGACGGAUGUCACAAGUGGCUCCUCUGGCUCAACCCCAGCGCUCCCCGAAUGGCUCGCAAUAUACGAUGUCGCGGAUAUUGCCGAGUUGAAGCGGGAGCAGUACCUGCGCCUGCGUCGCGAUGAUGUCAAGAGCCAGCGUGAGAAGGAGACUAUGGCCAAUAUUACGAUCGAUAGGCGGCUUUACGAUUUUGUGGAGAGCAAGCAGGUAGAAGGGUAUGUACCGCUGGAUGCAUUGGAAGCGACACAGGCUGAGCUGGACGGGAGGGGCAAGAGAGUGCUCGUGACAAUUAUCCAGACCUUACACCCGGAUAAGGAAGAUGAGUUCAACAAAUGGUAUCGCGAAGAGCACAUGCCACUCCUCUCCAAGGUGCCCGGGUGGCUUCGUACAAGACGCUUCUUGAGCUCUGUCAGCGAACCCACCGAGACGAGAGAGUACCUCUCUGUGCACGAGUACGUAUCCCACGACGGCCCUGGUGGUCCGGAAUUAACGGCCAUAAACGCCACCCACUGGCGCGAACAGGUUAUGACAAAUGUAGUCAAGGGCCGCUCAAGACGCGUUUAUGAACAUUACUACACCUUCGGCGCUGCACCGCGGGAUCUAGGUUCUCUCUCUUCAGAGGUUGUCACCCCCUUUACAUCCCCAGACGGACUUACAAGAACACUGCCCGGCUCCCCAUCACCCGCUUCUAGCCCUUCCUCAUUCCCCGCCAUAGAAUCCUAUAUCACAACGUCGGACGGCGUAAUCCUACCCUAUCGCCUUGAAGGCUCCACCGACUCGCACGCCCCGCUCAUUCUCCUCAGCAACAGCAUCCUAACUCACUACGCAAUCUGGGACGAUUUCGUUACAUGCUUCCUCUCCAAACCCGAAAACUGCCAGUACCGGAUUCUCCGUUACCUGACCCGCGGCCGCUUGAGCAAUAGCGGCGAGAAGCCUGUAACCCUCGAUGUCCUCGCAGGAGAUAUAAUCACUAUCCUCGACACGUUGCGUGUUCCAAAAACCGCAGCGCUAAUAGGCGUGAGUCUCGGGGGCGCAACGGUGUUGAACACUGCGCUCAAAUACCCCGAGCGCACGGGGACUUUUAUUGCCUGUGACACAAAUGCAAAGAGUCCAGAGGGUAAUAGGAAAGUGUGGGGUGAGCGAAUUGCUAUGGCAGAAGGCGAGGGGGCUGUGGCGGCGGAGACUGGUGAGCAGGUUGUUGGUGAUCAGCUGGCAGACGCUACGGUUCGUAGGUGGUUUGUAAAGGAGAGUUAUGAUGGUGGGGAGAUGGAGGGGAGGGCGAGAAGGGUCAAGGAGAUAGUGAGGGGGAAUAGUUUGGAGGGGUUUAAGAACGGGGUUGAGGUGCUGUAUAUGUAUGAUUUGGUAGACGAGAUGGGAAAGAGUGAGAAGAGGGGCGCCUUUUUAGUUGGAGAUGGAGACGGCGUGUUGCCUAAGACUAUGAGGGAGAUGGUUGGGAUGAUGGGGGCAGGGGCGGAGUUUUUGGUGGUGGAGGGGGCGGGGCAUUUACCCAUGGUGGAGAAGCCGGAGAGGUUUGAAAGGCUGGUGAGUGGGUUUUUGAAGAGAAAUAGAUUAGUUGCUAAAUAG